CGGAAGGCCAGAUCAGCUGAGGAUCGUCCGAAUCUGUGCAUGUGAGGGGGGAAAAAAUUGGUAUUUUAUACGAAUACUUUGCUCAGUUUCAUUGAAGUAAGAUGUCCUUUAUAUCAAACCGUGCAAAAUCCAUGCGGGAAUAUUUCAACCACGAGGCAAAAUAUGUAGGUAAACAAAAGGCGAAUCCUUUCCACAAAACCAAGAAUCCACAGGGAAUCAUCAACAUGGGGACAAGUGAAAAUACAAUGAUAUAUGAUUUACUGAAAGUGAAGUUUGAGGAAAAAGAGUCUGGUGCUUUGCUUCCUGAGCAUACACAAUAUGUUUGUGGAGAAGGAUUAGAGAAUUUUAGAGAAGCAAUUGCAGAUUUUCUUAAUGACCAUAUGGAGCCUGUGGAGCCUAUUCUUCCAGAAAAUUUGAUUGUUUCCAAUGGAUGUACACCACUAGUAGAUACACUGGCCUUUUCUCUAGCUGAUGAAGGAGAAGGUUUGCUGAUCCCGUGUCCAUUUUAUGGAUCAUUUCACCUGGAUUUGCAGUCAAGAUCAAGAGUGAUACCCUUUCCAGUUGAACUUUCUAGCAAGGUUGGUCCUGGAGAGACACAGCCGUUUCAACUUACAGUGACAAGAUUAGAAUCUGCUUUGAAGAAGGCAACAGAACAGGGCGUGAAAAUCCGUGGCUUAUUGCUAUGUAACCCAAACAACCCUCUGGGCAACAUCUAUUCCGAAGAACUCUUACAAGACUGUCUGGAUUUUGCUUUCAGGCAUUCUUUGCAUGUCAUCGUUGACGAAAUAUACAUGAUGUGUGGAUACAGAGAAGGUUGUUCUGUGACAAACGUGAUGAGUUUAAAAAACAUUCCAGACAAAGAGAUGGUUCACGUUCUGUGGGGCUUUAGUAAGGAUUUUGGAAUAUCUGGAUUUCGCUGCGGUGUUCUUCACACGUUAAACAAAGAACUUUUUAGAGUCAUAAGUUCAGGGUAUCAAAGAUUCCAUGAUAUACCGGCUCAAACACAGGCAAGUUAUACAAUGGAUUGGUACCGAAUCAGUUCUGAGUUAUUUGAGGUGAUGACUGAAGUGACUAUCUUGAUUAAAAUGAUAUUUUACAAACCACCUAUUUUUAAUUUUUUCUUAUGGUUUGCAGAGUGGUUAGAUAAAACGUUUUUUCCAACGAAUAAACGAGGUCUUCGAAAUGCUUACCAAAUGGCUUGUGAUGCUCUUGGAGAAGUUGGUAUUCCAUUCCUUCCUGGAGAAUGUGGUCUGUUUAUAUGGGUUGACUUCAGGGAGCUACUUCCAACAUCAUCUUUUGAAGAUGAAAUGCACUUGUUACACUGCAUGACAACACAUGGUGUAUUCAUCUUUCCCGGAUCUUAUUUUUGUUGUCCGGAACCCGGUUGGUUUAGAAUAAUAUUCGCCAUGGAGACAGAUGUUCUUCAACUAGGUUUAAGCAGAAUUCAGCAAACUGUGAGGGAGGUUCGCGCUGGCCUGGCUUCUAAACUGGAUGAGAGAGUUGCACUUGUUCAAAGAGAAGAAAAUGCUGGCUUGGUGGAAAGCGAGGAGGUUGGUGAAAGCCUCGAGGACUUAGUUCGGACAUUACACCAGCAAAUAAAAAACAGUGACUGGCUGAAGGAAAAUACCGCUGAAAAAUGGAUGGAGGAUAAUCCUGAACUGGCUAAAGCUUUUCGAAAGCAAAACGCCGAGAAGUGACUGGUUCGACGAUUCUAUUAAAUUGAUAAGCAAAACCGACAGAUAGGUUAGCUAUUCAGUACGUUACCAAAAGGAAUCUUUAGGGAAGGAUAGGUCGAGAAUCUAUGUCAAGAGCGAUGGUUACCUUUUGACAUAGGAAUCAUGCAGUCCCUUCUUUUCGGCGAAGUCCGUCAAGUAAAAAAAAAAGACAAAAUCAGCGGGAAAAUAAAUUGAUGUCGGGGCGGAAUUUCAAGAUCGAGGCGCGACGCGCUAACAUUAAGUUCUCCCUCUGAAUUGUUCACUCGCGCGACGGAUUUCGCCCAAAAGGAGGGGCAGCUCGUAGUCUUCAAUCGAAAUGGCUAUUCAAGACAAUGGGAAUAUCAUUCUUUCACACAAGUAAGUAAAUGAAUUUUAUUGAAAACCUUUCUCAGAGGUCACAAACCCUGUCGAAGGACAGAGGAAAACGACCAACAAUGUGUUGACGAUGUCAAUCUACAAUAAGAAACUCGCACAGUCAAAGGUUACUCACUUCAAAGUGAGGAUAUGUACAGGAAAAAGAAAUCACACCUAUUUACAAAUGAAUGAUCUUGUACCGAGCUGAUAUGAGCAUUGACUGAUACAUAAUCGUAUGUUAAACAUAAUAAAUAUUAUAAUAAUUUAAUAAACUAGUUUAACUAGUUUACUGAA